AUGACUGAUAAAGACGACUUCAAUGCUGCUGCAAACAUAAUGAUACCUAUUGAGAACCCCGAAGGUUCUCGAAACAUGAUGGACAUCCAAAAUGAAGAGAAAAUGGCUCACAUGGAGCAAGAACUCGAGAUCUUGAGGGAAGAAUUAUGCCAAGUGCGAGACUUGGCCAAACUAUCGGCUACCACUUUCCCUACUUUCAAGAUGCCUAUCUAUUUUGCAAAAGCUGACUUGCCAAAUCAGCCAGAACAAACUCAACGCGCUCCUACUCACGGUCAAGUACCACCAGCUUCUCCAACCGCACUCAGGACCGUUCCCGACCUUUCCAACCGCGACCCUACCAUACCUACAAUGCAGCAGAUACUUGGGGCACAUGUCACCACUCUCUGUGGUAAUGUCCCAUAUGAGGUCGAUCAAUAUGAAGAAAUGGAAAAAGAUGCUCGGUUGAAAGAAGAUGCGUCGAUAAAUGCCCAGCUUCAGGGUCUAAGAAAAGCAUUGAAAAGCUUAGAAGUCACUAGAGGGACAGAGAGUCUGGAUUAUGAUGACUUGUGCAUCCAUCCAGACAUUGACCUGUCGGUAGGGUACAAACCACCGAUGUUUGACAUGUUUGAUGGAAAGGGUGAUCCUCACGCACAUAUAAGGGCAUAUUGUGACAAGUUAGUCGGUGUAGGGAGAAAUGAGAAGUUGAGGAUGAAGUUGUUCAUUCGGAGUCUGUCUGGAGAAGCAUUAACCUGGUAUAACCUCCAAGACCCUCGCAAAUGGCGUGACUGGCAGGAAAUGGCCGAGGACUUCAUGACUCGUUUCAGAUUCAAUACUGAAAUUACUGCUGAUAGAUUCUCAUUGGCCAAUACACAGAAGAAGCCAUCUGAGAAUUUCCAGGAAUAUGCACGACGUUGGAGAACUGAGGCCGCGAGGGUGCAACCACCACUAGAUGAGAGUGAGCUCUCGAAGUACUUUAUUCGAGUUCAAGAAGGUAUCUACUUUGACAAGAUGAUGUCAAUGAUGGGUCAGAAGUUUGCAGAGUUGGUCAAGAUGGGAGACUUUAUAGAAGAAGUGUAUAAUACCCAACCACACUAUAACCCACCCCGAGCACCAGCAUACCAAAACCCUCCAAGACCAUAUGUCCCUGUCCAAGCACCAAUUCAGCAAAAUAGACCAGCAUAUGCACCGAGACCACAUCCAAAUCCUGAAGCUAGAAAUGCUCGCGCUUACACACCGAUUGCUGAACCCUAUGCUCAAUUGUUUGAGAGGUUGAGGACAACGGGAGUGCUGCAACCAGUUGAAGGAAAACUUCCUGAUCCAAUCCCUUGUAAUUUUGAUAACAACAAGAGAUGUGCUUACCACUCGGGAGUCCAGGGACACGACACAGAAAAUUAUUAUGGUUUGAAGAACCAGAUCGAGUCUUUGAUCAGGAGAGGAGUAAUCAAAUGCAUUUUGGCACCUCCCAAUGUGAACAACAAUCCCUUGCCAAACCAUGGGAAUUGGGAAGUCAACAUAGUUACUCUGGAUGACGAAUAUGGGACCCCCGACUAUCCAAACAUAGAUGAAACGGAUGCCAUGACAUCUUCGGCGCAACCUGUUAUCACUGUUCAACUAAGGGAACCUCUAACUGUCCAAACAUAUCUCCCAAGAGUUGUAGUGACCACUCUAAUUGCUAAGAAGCCUGAGUAUGACACAAAAGCAGUCCCUUGGGACUAUCGAGCAUGUGUCAAGGGCAAGAUGAUCGACACUGUCGUGGAUCAAGGGAUGACUAGGUCGGGGAGGUGUUAUGCCCCAGAGGACCUAAAUCAAAGAGUUCUCGGAAACGAACAGAAUCCAAAGAAGAAUAUUACCGAUGCUGAAGCCGCAGAGUUUUGGAAAAAGAUGCAGUCUAAAGACUAUUCGGUUGAAGAACAGUUGAAAAAGACGCCAGCCUACAUAUCCAUUUGGUCUUUGCUUAUGAGUUCUGAAGCUCAUAGGAAUGCUUUGAUGGAGGUGUUAAGUGGAGUGAUAAUUCCAAAAGAGACCACAAGUGAGACCUUAGCUGCAACGAUUGGAAGAAUAGUGGAAGCUAACAAGAUUUCUUUCCAUGAUGAUGAGUUGCCCGCAGAAGGGACUGGGCACAACAAAGCGCUUCACAUCGCAGUCAAAUGUUGUGAUAAGAUUGUGACUCGAGUUUUAAUUGAUGGUGGCUCUGGAUGCAACAUCUGUCCUUUCACCACAAUGAGAAAUUUAGGUGUUAAUAUAGGAGAGAUAAAGGAAAGUCGUGUGAAAGUUAGAGCCUUUGAUGAAGCGCAAAGAAGUGUCAUCGGAGAGAUACAUCUCACAUUGCAAGUGGGGCCGGCUGAAUUCCCCAUUCUAUUACAAGUGAUAGAUGUAUCAUCCAACUACAACCUGUUGUUAGGAAGACCAUGGGUUCACAUGGCAAGAGCGGUUCCUUCUACUCUUCAUCAAUGUGUAAAGUGUGAGUGGGGUCACACAGAAACUACCAUCCACGGAGAACUCAGUCACCCCAUUCAUUCUGUUAAUUCUACCCCUAUCACCGACGAGUUAGACGAAGCCACUUUUCAAACUUUGGAAAUCAUGCAAGCUAUAAGGGUCAAUGAGGGAGCAGAGCCCGAAGAUACCAAGUUGUCAAGUGCAGCGAAAAUGGUUGCGUCAGAAAUGUUGAAGUAUGGAUAUCAGCCUAAGAAUGGACUUGGACCUAAGUCCAAUGGCAUAGUUGAGCCGAUCCAGUUGAACCAUCAGAGAGGCACCAAUGGACUCGGAUACGAGCCUGCCUUUGGAAGAUUCCACUAG